UUUAAAGCUUGGCCUGGAGGCUCUAGCCAGGGUGAAGUGGUGGGGGGGGGGUGUUCAGGAACAGACAGAAGUUGUUUACAUUCCUUUCUGGAAGUGCCGGCCAGCCGCCUGAAAUGAAAGUGAAAUCAGCUGACGGUGACAUCAGCAGAAAUGUACAAAGUUCAGAGCUGUUUACUUAGGCACACUGGCCUCUCUGGUGGGGGUUCCCGCUGCCUGUCCCCUGGCCUGGGGCCUGACAUUGAAAAGUCAGGGUGGACGAAGACUGACGGGGGCGGCAGCCGCUGCUCCUCUCUGUUCAUCAGGGGUGCUCACUGGCUUCCUUCGGUGACCCAAGAGAAUGGUGGUCCUGCAGCCAAGGCAGGGCGGCCUCCUGCCGUUCCUGGCCAUCAUGGGCCAAGCGGUGGCUGCCAACAUCCUGCUCUUCUACGCGCUCGUCUGGAAGGCCGGCGACCUCCUCGAGCUGCCGGACCUGCGCAUCGGCUUCUACAACUUCUGCCUGCUGGACGAGGCCACUGACAAGCUGCGGUGCUACAAGGGCCCCGAGCUGGCCACCUGGGGCGUGUCGUGGGUCAGCCUGGCCCUGGCCCGGCUGGGCGUCUACGGGGCCCUGGUCCUCACCCUCUUUGCCCCCCUGCCACUCCUCCUGUCUCGCUGCAAAGGGGACCAGGGAGAGUGGCAGCUGGCCAGGGGCUUCCUGGUGGCCUCCUUGGUGCUACUGGCCGGCGGCCUGAGCUUCUUCCUGGCCUCCAUGUGGCAGUGGCUCCAGCUCUCGCUGCUGGGCCCAGCCUUCCUAGCCCUGUGCAUGGCCCAGGGCCUGCUCCUCCUCCUGCUGGCAGCCAUCAGGGCCUUCCCCCAGGGGGUCUUGAGAAAAGAGGACGCACCUGAGACCUGCUAGGCUGGCUGGGCCGCAGGACUGAGAGGGCGAGUGCCCUCUUCCCUACUAUCACUGCCCGAAAGCUUUAGCGGGG